AUGGCAACACGGCGCCUCUCUUGCCGACUUUCCCUCUUGGCCUGCUCGACGCUGCACCACCAGCCAACACGAGCACGAACCCCCGCGCUCGCUCUCGCGCUCGCCGACGCCGUACGCUGCUAUGCGACCCAAGCACCGCAACAGACCGUCAUCCUUCCGGACGACCCAACAGCCUCCACGCCAUCCUCUACAGCGGACCUCACCACCCCAGCCCCAGCCCCAGCCCCAGCCCCAGCAUCCCCCCCGGCCAGCUCGAGCUCGACCAGUCGACUGCCCCCGCUCGCACCUGAACCCGUACCAAAGAUCGCACCUUCCCCACUCUUGACCAGAGUACAGCGACCGAUCGGUGCUUUCAGAGGAGGGUCAGUUCGGCGAAGAAGACACGCGUACUCUCUACAGGCAUAACUGAACCCACCUCCCACCCCCCGCACAGCCUGAUCGGAUUCUUGCUCGGGAUGACCACCGUCGGCAUUUGGGGCUACACCCACCUCUUGCAAGACUACAUGACCGCUUCGAAAGCGUUGCUCGACUCCGUGCAAGAGUUGCACCUCUCGACAGAAAAGGUACGCUUUCACUUGUUCGAGGAGACCGACAGAACCCGCAACCGGAAAACCUGACGUCCAACGCACCUCCCCACACACACAUACGUCCGUCCACAGAUGACGAGCCACAUCGAACGGAUCGAAGCGGUCGAGAAAACCGUCAACGAAUUGAGCAAAUCGUCCAGUACGAACGACCAAAUCGAUACACUCAGGAAGGAGUAUCGCAAAUUGCUCGUAAGUAGAUCAUCUACUGGCUUUUGGCCGCUUGCUCGCAGAAACGCAGAAACUGAUCGCUGGCUGUCUCGAUGAUCAACGAUCACAGGAAGCCGAACAUUUGGAGGUGCUCGCGCUCAAAUCGCACGUUUGGGGAAUGCAAGUUCGGCUCCAGCUCAUUCACGAAAUGCUCCGGGGCCACGAGCUGACUAGCCCGAUCCUUGCCCGACGCUUGCCCACAGAGAACAAGAUUUGCAAGCCCUGUCAAGAGGCGCCGCAACGACCGUUCGAAUUUAA